GACGUAUCGAUGCUCCCAUAAUUUUACCAUCACUAAUUGCAGACAAUUCACUGAAGCUGUCAAAACCGCGCAUUUGCAAUUUGCGAACAAUUGGGCCUUGAAAAUGAUAAAUACAUAAAACAUUCAACUAAAUAAGAAAUUGAAAGUUAUUUUCUUAUUAUGGGUAAGGAGAAGCCGAGGACACGAAGUGCGGAGACGCCCAAGUCGACGGAAUGCAUACCAAAUAAACGUCAAAGAAAAACAUUACAGAAGUGUAAUGAGAAUGCCAAGAAAAGUUUGGCAAAAAGUAAACAGAAUUCAAAAAUGUCAGGUAAAGGCAACAAUUCCACCAAAUCGAACAAGAUCGAAAAGAAAAAGGCGUUGAAGGCUGUGCCUUUAACUGAUCUGAACGAUUUAAAAGAAGCCGAAGCAAAGAAAACGGCGAAAGAGGGCAAAACAAAUGCAUGUAACAAAAACAACAAUUGUAUUAAUAUGGAGGAGCAAGAGGAAUCGAAUAAAGAGUGGAAGCGCCAGGGGAAACUAUUGGAGGCUCUGUGCGACGCACUUGCGGAACCGCCGGAGAAGGAGCCCGAAACCGGCUAUACGCACGAUGAUCUCAAGCAGUUCCUGCUGAACUCGACUAUAAAGGACGUGUUUCCUUUUGCCUUGGAGAUAAAGAGCACCACUGCGCUCUUUCAGCGUCUCAUCAGCGCCAUAUACGAACUGGAGACGGUGCAGUUGGAUCAACUGCUCGAUCUUUAUCAUCUGGCUAUAAUAAUGCAGAAUUAUCAACAGUUGGAGACACACAUGGGCUAUCGUCACGAGUUAUUGGAUGCUGUGGGCGAACUAUCAGUUGAGCUGCAGCCAAAUCAUAUAGAAUAUAUAGGCAUUAGUUUAUGUGAUCGAUUGGUAAUUGGCACGGGCAUGAAACGCAUGGAGAAAGUCGUCGAUAUGCACAGUUCCAUCGUGCUACUGAUCAAAAAUAGCGAUGUCAAUUGUAAAAUCGCCAUGACAACGCUCUUGGCCACAAUCUCAAAGAUCGCUGGCGUGAAUAUCCCAGAACAGGACACUGACGUUAUUAAGAAAGCUUUUGAAAUGGCUAAGCUAGUGGAUUGGGCGCAACUUGUGGAGUCGGGUCGUGAGGCAGAUAUGUUUGCGAUAGUUCGCAGCUUUUCGCUAAUCAUAAACACCAAAGAAAAUCGCAGCUCGCAUCUCAAUUGGCAUCAGGAAAUGGGCAGCGAUAUACACAAGUUCUUUAUGACGGUAUUACGCACCGUGCGCUUCUCCAGAAAUUACAAUUUCUUUGCCAUGAUGAUUGAACGUUAUAUUGCUUUUUGUGUUGUUCGAGGGGCCACACCACGUGCCUACUCCCAGCUAUAAUUUUCCAAAUACGGUAUUUAGCUUUUAUUUUAUUAUAAACUGAGCUCAUUAUAAAUGGGAAUGUUUGUUUAUAAAAAAAAAGGAAAACAAGAAAAACAUUUUAUAUGGUCGCGAUCUAUUCUGAAAUUUUCAAAACGAUCGGAUCUGUUUUUAAUUGACAUAGCAUGCAUGGAAAGGAAGAAGCAGCACUCUUGACUACGUUGUUUUUUUUAAUUUGAAUGUUUUUGAUUUUUGAAUUUAUUUUUAUUUUGUUAUGUGUUCGACUCUACUGCAUGUGAUGUCAACAAGUGUUGAAAUUUUUGCUUAGUUGUUCUUAAAGUAA